UACGUGACACAUUGUAUUAUGCGGUCCGUUUGAUUUGCCGAUUUCCCUGCACGACCGUGUGCACAACCAGGUUGAAAUUUGACCAUAUAUCGGAGUGCUAGCCGACCUGUUUUGUGGCAGAGACUUUCAAGAUGUGAUCUGAUCAUUUGGAAGUACUAGUUGUUAAGCAAGAUGCCUGGUUUGGUGGCUUUAAGAAGGCGAUGGUCGCUGGGAAGCGAUGAUUUGGUCUUGCCUGGCUGUACACUGUUCGUUAUUCACGUCGCGUGGCUGAUAGCCCUGUCCAUCAUCCUAGCCGUUUACCAGCCACACACCGAGGCUUGUUCCUCCAGCCUUCGUCAUUACAUUUUAGGCUACGUGGUCAUCUUGACGGCAUGUCUGGUCGUGGAGGGACUGAUCGUCUUCGUCAGCAUGCGGGGGACGAUAUUCUACGCUCGGCCACGAUCCUCCAUGCAGUACUUGCUGUACGGUCGAACAGUGCUACUCCUUCUCUGCUUCAUCUGGAUAAUUCUCGGCAUUGUGUGGUUAGCUCGAUGGUAUUCUCAGUGUCAAGUCUUGGCCAUCAAAAACUCAGUACUAGGUAUAGUAGUCUACAAUCUCCUCUUAUUUAUCCUGAUCCUUGCAAGAACAUGGUGCCUUUACGACUCGGCGGGUCGAAGCUUCGUCCAACUCAAACGGACCGAGAAACAGUGUGCAAUGCGCCGCUCAGCCAGUAGAGUGGAAAGAAACAGAGAACGACAAAUAAAAACAAGAGCCUUGUAUGAACGGAAAUGGGAGAAACGUUUCCGCCGUUAUUGUUGCUGUAUACAAGCAGAGGAACCUCAGGAGAGUGCCUUUGCAGAGAUAGCACUCCUCUUCUCAGAUUUCUUCCGCGACUUGGACAUCGUUCCGUCGGACAUCGUGGCGGGCCUGAUGCUCCUCAGAGAGGAACAGAAGCAGAGUCGUCGAUCCAUGGAGCAGAACCCUAACAACAACGUCCUCAAGUUUCUGUCUGGAGUGCCCAUCACGGCAGACACUAAGUUUGCGGACUUCAGCAACCAUGAUGAAUGUCAGGAAUUUGAGGAUUUGAUUUAUUACUACAAGUAUGCAGCCGCAGCGUACGGCUGGCCGGUCUACGCCAUGUUCCAUCCAGCCAGAGGAUGCUGUCAUCUCAUUGGACGAUGCUCGUGUUGCCGAUCUAAAGACAGAUUUGAGUAUCUGGACCUAUCGGACGACAACUGCUGCGGAUGCAACUUCAGGGCCCUCAAGAAACUCAGCGGGCUAGAGGACGCCGACGUGGUCUACGCAACAUUCCACUCAGCGGUUAGUACGCGCCUCCGCGACAAUCCCCACAACAUCAGUACGGAGUUUGGCCUAGAUACGGAAGGGUUGACCCUUGUGGGGGCCACUGCCACUGAGGAAAACAAGAGGGGGUCCAAAGGAGGGACCAUGACUAACGAAUCGGGGAUAUGCCUGGAAACCAGCCUGACAUUCCAAGAGGAGAUGGACGAGCGAUGCCUCCGAGAAGGCGGAGCCAGAGGAGAAAGAGGAGGAGGAGGUGGUGGUGGGAGAGCCAGCAAGCGAGGGCGCUGUUGCAGGGACUGCACACGCUCGUCAUUCCCAUCAUGCAUGGCGUGUCUGUGCCUGCCCCGAUCCCCAAAUUGUUCCCCUCCCCAGCAUUCAUCUGCCACCAACAGUGCUGAGAAUGUGGAAUCGCCUGCCACGGUAUGGGAGACGCCGUUCUUCGUCGCCUUAGACCACUCCAGACGUAAGGUGAUCGUGUCGGUGCGAGGCACGCUAUCUAUGCAGGAUUGGCUGACAGACCUGUCAGCUGAUAUAUCUGAGAUUCCAUUGGAGAACUGCCCCAGCGAUUGGUUUGGCCACAAGGGCAUGGUUGGAGCUGCUGUACACAUUAAGAAGAAACUCCAAGAAGAAUUGAUCCUGUCAAGGGCUUUUACUCACGACCCUGAGAGAGGUUCUCAGAACUACGAGUUGGUUCUAGUGGGUCAUUCAUUAGGGGCGGGCACCGUGUCAAUACUCAGCAUACUACUCAGACCAGACUACCCUAAACUACAAUGCUAUGCAUACUCACCUCCAGGUGGAUUGCUCAGCAUGCCAGUAGUUGAGCACACCAAAGACUUUGUGACGUCUCUUGUCAUCGGUAAAGACAUCGUUACCAGGGUGGGUCUGUCUCAGAUGGAGUGUCUGCGAGCUGAUCUCUUUGACUGCAUCAAGAGAAGCACAGACACAAAGUGGAAAAUCAUCUUUGAUGGCUUGCUGUGCUGUCGGGAGAUCAGCCCUAAGAACCUGAGCCCUCGUGACUCGGACUCCUCCCCCUCCCCUCCACGACUGACCAAAGCCUUCCACCCGACGAACCUGUCGCUCCUGCUGACUACCCACAAUCCCCUGUACCCACCUGGGAGGAUCAUGCAGAUCGUACGGACCAAUCCCAAGCGAGAAGGACUUAACAAGAAAGAUUGUGCCUGGUUUGCUGUGUGGCGCGACAACACAGCAUUUGAUGAGGUGUUGAUAUCACCAGUCAUGAUAGGCGAUCAUCUCCCCAAGAAUGUCAUGUCUGCUUUACGCAAGUGCCUGCAGUAUGGAAGACUUCACGGUGCCCCAAGAUAUUCGGGGAGACAGUUCAACCGGCCGUCCAGUCCCCCUCAUCACAGGCAGUUGAGAAAAACGGUAGAGAAGAACGAAACGCCUUCCUCCAGUCAGUCGUCACCGUCAUCUUGUCUCGUAGUGAACCCUGGUAGCCACGGUGAUGCCGGACCAGAUAUGAAUUGCAACACAGUUACCUCGUCAGCCGGCAAGACAAAGACUGGCCCUGAAUCCCAAACGGGCUUGCCACAAAGUCAGGUCAGUACAGGGCACCAGACUGGCAUGCAAAGAACAGGAAGUGCUUCCCCUGUUUACGCCUCGUACGAAAGUCUACCAAAGACCACUGGUUACCCAGAAGGCAGAGCGCCGCUCGCACGCUUCGAUACCAUGUCGGAAAUGGGAUCGAUGUCAUCCUUCCAGAGCGCAAUAACACUGGAGGAACCGAAGCCACAACAAACGCACAGAAUGUACGACGGGUACUGCUAUUACGUGGACGAGGAUUUGAAAUCGCCGGUGAAUGCGUAUCAGUUGCAUCCUAAAUUUGACGACAGCCUCAACUCGAACUCCAGUAAUCAAAUCGUCACGACAGCAUUUGUGGAGCCCAAACCGGAUAGGACUAGUGCAAGCCUGUCCGACAAGUUUAUGCUUCACCGGGAUGGUAGUACUAAAGUCAUGGAUCGAUAUGGCAACGUGAAAGGUAGAACAUCAACAAACGAUAGAUACCGGCUGACCUAUGACAGUGGAUCACAGAGUUCGGUGAACAAAGAUGUUCCUGCAAGACCAGAACAGCUCAGCUUUGUGGACAAGAAUGGAAGCAGUUAUGAGUCAUCGGGGAAUCUCUCAUCAGAUCACAGUACUAGCUUGCCUGAGGCUCUCCUAGGCCAGGCCUACACGCGUUACCACUCCCUGUCCAUGGACAGUAACAGUCCAGACUUUGAAGACGACUUCCCCUCCCCCAUUACCCGCCCCCCUCAGCCAGAUGGUACAUUCCGAUGUGGCGUUGUUCCCAUGGAAGCAGCGGAGCUCCUGCAGAAGAGAAAUGACAGCCGCGUUGUUGCCGUGGAGAUGGGCCAAGUGGACAGUGACGAGAGGAAAAAGGGUGCCAAGACAACGCCAGCUGAAAGAGUAAAGAUGUUAAGACAGAAAUACGGGGAGACGAAAUGCUAGAGAGUUGUUCUUCGAGCUGUCUUCAGUUUGUAACAGAAAAAUGUUGCGAAAAUAGUUAUGUGCGCUGUCAAAAUCUGUUUGGGCCACUUUUCAGAUUAUGUGGUAUCUAAUCUUAUCUAAAAGUGGCCCAACUCGGAAUUCAAGCCCUUUCAUUUAAUUAGCUGUAUCUCUGGACUGGGAUGUCCAAAUGAGAUGGGAUAAAGACCAUUGUGUAGAGUAUUUACCAUACCUUCAGACUCUAUCAAUAAGUUUUGCAAAAAGACAGUGCUAGUAUCUUUAAUAUUUAUGGUUUGACUGCUACAAUUUUAUUGACACAAGCUGUAUAUGUGACCUGUCACUACAAAAUGGGCCUGCAGUGGGACAAAGCCAAAAUU